GAGGCACCGCGGGUGGUAAUAUUGUCUAUUCUCAGUCAUCAGGGUGUCUUGUGACUGCCGGUCGCAUAUAUCUUGGAUGGUGCAUCUUUGCGAGGGAUUCUUCCGGUUGAGACACGGUAUCGACGUGAUACUCUCACAUAGUGAUUCCAAGUGAUGUGUGGCCUGUAGUGCUGAUGGGAAAUGAGUUGACUAUAUCGCUGCCACUGCAGCUAUCACCAGCUGCUAUACGGAGUGGUCGGUAGCAGGUGUCUUGGCAGCUACGCAACCUCAGUGGCUCCUCAGUGGCCCAUCUGCCUCCGGUAGUGGUUUCUGGUCCCUGGAGGCCGUCGUGCUGUGUGGAUCACCAGCGUCUGCACCUUCGAGCCAAAAGUCCUUUUCUCCUCUCCCAACGUCCAUGGAAGAGCCAUAUCUGUCCUCAUACUUUGUUGAAUCAACCCAGUGAGCCCAUUAUGUUGCUUUGGUAUCGCUCAAGAUAAUCCUAUUGCGCCAAUCCGUCCAGUCCUGAGCUUCUCCUGGUCCCCUGCGCGCUCAUCCCUAUCUGCUCCGUGUCCGACCCUACACGUCCCAAACCUUCGCCGCCUGCGAAACGAGGCAACUGGAAAUCGAUCCAGCACCAAAUACACGAACCCGAUUGACGUCCCUAAGUCGCCCUUCGAUGACGAUUGUAUGUCCGCGAGAUAAAAGUUUGGAAGCAGCGCGGAAAGCCCUCCUCCGUCCGGGGUAGAAGUCCUUAAUAAUGGGGUUUGCACAGCGCCUGUAUAAACGCCUACCUGCACUUUACACGUCGCCUGCAGUAGACGACUACAAGCAUGAAAAGCCAAAGACACUCUCGAGAUUAUCCUUCUUUCGCAGGCGAAUCAGGCUAAAAGGCAACUCGUCCAUAUCCAUCCCAUUGGGCUUCCUGCUCCUUUUUCCGAGCUUGGUGGUCUUAAUCAUCCUCAUUCUUGUCAUAAAACAUCCUAGCUCUCCGGGACGAAUAUUGGUUCCGGCUGGCACUCCUCCCUCAAUACGAAAAAUAAGUGAAAAGCACGAUCGAGUAUUUGCGACGGGAUGCCUGAACCCGGAAGACGCUGCGAAGCAGCCACGUGCCAACGCGGCUUUUGUUGUCCUUGCCCGGAAUAAGGAGCUGGAAGGAGUCAUUCAAUCAAUCAAGAGCAUCGAAAGACAUUUCAAUCGAUGGUUUCACUAUCCUUAUGUUUUUCUCAAUGACGGAGAAUUUGAGCAGGAUUUCAAAGACACCGUCACCAACUACACAAGUUCCCCCGUGGAAUUUGGCAAGAUUGAUCCUUCGAUGUGGGGAUAUCCGGACUGGGUUGAUCAUGAAGUCGCAAAAGAGGGAAUUCGCAAGCAAGGGGACGCCGCAAUCAUGUAUGGCGGCAUGGAGAGCUACCAUCACAUGUGUCGAUUCUACUCGGGAUUCUUCUACAAACACGAGCUGUUGGACAAGUACGAAUGGUACUGGCGCCUGGAACCCGAAAUCAAAUACUUCUGCGACAUCACCUACGAUCCUUUCAUCGAAAUGGCAAGGGCCAACAAAACCUAUGGUUUCACCAUCGCUGUCAAGGAAUUGAAGGAAACAGUGCCAAACAUCUUUCGUUAUGCCUCAGCUUACAAGCGUAAGCACAAUAUCCAGUCUCAAGGUCUCUGGGAGAUGUUCAUCGAGCCUCAACCUGAAAAGGAAGCUACCGCAGACGACAGACGAGCCAAAACAUUGCCGAACGAGAUUCUCCAGACUGAGCCCGGCCAUCAAAACAUCGAGGACAUCGACGGCGAAGCGAUGGAGGGGGAGAAAUACAACAUGUGCCAUUUCUGGAGCAAUUUCGAGAUCGCGCGCUUGGACUGGUUCAGAAGCAAAGAGUACAAUGACUUCUUCGAGAUGAUGGACCGAAGUGGAGGAUUCUGGAUGGAAAGGUGGGGAGAUGCCCCGAUCCACUCCCUUGCGGCGGGAGCGCUCCUGGCGCCUCGCGACAUCCACUACUUUCGCGAUUUUGGCUAUCGCCAUACGACCAUCCAGCACUGUCCUGCGAAUGCUCCAGCUCGACAGUUGCCGAGGAUUCCCUGGCUGGAGAAAACCACCGAGGAUGAGAAGGAACGACAGGAAGAAGACGAGUACUGGGCUACCCCGGAUCCACCUAAAGAAAACGGUGUUGGAUGUCGGUGCCGAUGUGACACUGACAUCCGAGACGUGGAAGGAAAAGAAGGCAGCUGUCUCGCUGAAUGGGUAGAAGUAGCCGGUGGUUGGGCUUCUCCUUGACCGGGAAAGCUGGGGGACGUCACGCAGACGGAACUGGUAGAGCAAGAUGUUUGAUUAUUGCAUGUCAGCCUGGCGUUGGUGUCCUUUGGAGCAAUUUGAGACGCACCAUUUUGGCGUCGGGACAGCACGGACUGUGCCGUGCAAGGAAUAUCAGAAAGAGGCUUGGAUUCAGAGGCACACUGUCUGGGUUUGUUCUCAAGAAUACAGAACAUAUUACCUCCCGCAUCUGAAGAAGCGGAGUGAUGCAACAAGGAAGGAAGAGCUGAAGAAAUGAGGGAGACGGGGCGAUCCAAGGGGGAAAGCCGGCUCUCGAAGAGGUACUGGCUAACGAGGCUGUUGGCACUGAGGGAUCGAUGGCAUGCCGGUGCUGAUGCUGACGGCACAGCGGGUGUCACGAGUUGCAUUGGGGCCUGGGGCCAUUCUAUAAUUGGUUUAGGUUGGGCAAAGGGGAAGAACCCAUCCAUAUACCCCAUGGGAUUGAAGUGUAUGGUUGGGCUUGUGUGAAUACAAAAUAUACCACUUGAGCAUGUCUUCCCACGAGGGACGAUCCAAAUAGACACGGCGAGGCUGGAGCCUAGCCUUGCUUAUCAAAGGUG